GCAGCAGAUUUCCUUUUAUCCUCUUGAUUUUUUUUGUCUUUCAUUAAAAACAGAUUUUUUUCUUAAAUCAGUCUUUUGAAUAUUUUUUUUAUUUUUGGAUUUUUUCGGGGUCUCUUUGUUGGUCUCUGUCCGGGUCUGUUAGGCCCAGAUGGCGGCUCACCGGGUGGGUCGUAGGGUGAAUAAGGUGUGCAGUAAUCAGUCACCAAGUCAUGCCAGCGGCGGGCGGGACCCGGGUCAGAGUCUGCAGCGGCGGCAGGCCCGGGUCACCGUCAAAUACAACCGCAAAGAGCUGCAGAGGAGGCUGGAUGUGGAGAAGUGGAUCGACUGUGGACUGGACGAGCUCUACAGUGGGAGGGAGGAGGAGAUGCCAGAGGAGGUGAACAUCGAUGAACUGCUGGACCUGAAGACAGAUGAGGAGAAGACACACAGACUGCAGAACAUCCUUCACUCCUGUAACAACAGCACAGAGGUGUUCAUCAAUGAGCUGGUGUUCAAACUUCAGGGUUUACAAAAGCAGGAGGAUCUGCACAAUGAUGGCAUCGACCUCCCUCAGCUCCACAUCUACCCCAGCCACUCUGGAUCAGGUGACAGGGAGGUGCUGCACUGAGACAGCUGGUUCUCUUUCUCCUGGUUCCUGGUUGUCCUGGUUCUCUCUCUCCUGAUCCCUGAGGUUCUCCUGUUUUGUACAUUUGUAGCUAUCAUUUACACAUCCUGUAUUGUUUGUACAUCAUAUGGAAUAAAUCGCAGUAUUUGAAAUGA